GCGCGGAUUCGAUGACAUAUCACUGGCGCAGCUGUGAGAUGGCAGCUUCGAGAAUCUCCGUCUCUCGCGCCUUGCUCGGGCGCGUAUGAGACUACUUAUCUUGAUUAGGCUCGAUAUCACGAUAAUGUCUGCGAGAUACCCACCUUUCAUCAGUUGCAAACAACGCCGCGGGCUUCGCUUGCUCACCGAGGCGUAUCACGUUUCACUUAGUGGCGGGACAGGGUGACGAUGAGCAACACGCCAGCACUCGAGUGGUCUUCUCAGGUCCGAGUCGCCAACCCAUCAUCACUAUCACAACCGCUGUCUGGCGACAAGAUAACCUUGCCGCCCUCAGCACUUGAGCAGCUGCUCAGCGCAUCGACUAAAUGGGCUGCUGAAAGUGCCCGACGAGAUCUGCCCGCCUACGAUCCUUUCAACUCUGCAACACACUUCGCUUAUCGGCAGGCCGAAUCGCAAUACGAAGACCAGAGACAGCAGCUUCCUCACCCUUUGACCUUCCGCCUGGUCAAUGCUGAAAAUGGAAGAGUCGUUUAUGCAGGCAUUCGCGAGUUUUCGGCGGCCGAGGGCGAGGUGGCGCUGAGCCCUUUCCUGCGUGAAGCGCUCGAGAUAAGGGCAGAUAGCAUGUCACAUGGCGAGAUCGCUACGCUCGCGGACGAUGAGGCGCUCGCGGAUGUCUCUCAGGCUGACCCCAGGCCACAAAUCACAAUUCAUGCGAGGCAGUUGCCGAAAGGUACAUUUGUGAAACUGCGCCCUUUGGCAGCUGGCUACGAUGUCGACGAUUGGAAAGCCCUCUUGGAGCAACAUCUACGCAAAAAUUACACGACAUUGACGAAUGGCGAGAUUCUGAUUGUCCCUGGCAGUCACGGCACUGGCGGAAAGAAGGAAGAAUUCAGAUUUCUUGUGGACGGCUUCAAACCCGAAGUUGACGCGAUAUGCGUUGUAGACACAGAUCUAGAGGUGGACAUUGAAGCUUUGAACGAAGAGCAGGCUCGAGAAACAUUACGUCGAAUUGCAGCCAAAACAGCGCUCGCCCCAGGAACGGAGCAGGGAAGUACAAUAGGUGGGGACUUGGAUCUGUUCAAAGCCCAGCAGGGCCGCGUACUGCCCGGAGAGUACGUCGAUUAUAUCUUGCCUUCAUGGAAUCGUACCCUACCGAUCGAGAUUGAAUUGGAGGCCCAAGGGGAGACGGAGUCCUUGGGUCUCCUGGUCAGCCCCCUCUCACCAUCGCAGAGGUCGAAGCCACGUAUUGACGCAUUUGUGCUGGCUGAGCUCGAUAGCCGGCCCCGCAAACGUAUCCGUCUCGAACCUGGAGCCAUACAAAUAGAGGACGCCGAGGCCAUGUUCGUCACGGUCUUUGCCUUUGGUGAUUCGCAGAUAACAAGCGAGGACGCUGCUCCCGCUGCGUCAACGGACAAUGCACCGAUUUUGUUCAGUCUGCGCGCCAGUCACCCUGACGCGAUUUCAGCGGAUGGUACUGCACCUGACGAGGCAGCUGAACGGAUAGCCGCAGGCGAAGUGCGCUGCAAAAAUUGUGGACAUUGGGUCCCCCAAGCGAGAUUGCCGCUGCACGAGGCGACCUGUUAUCGGAACAAUAUCCUUUGCCCAAAAGGAUGUGGCCAAGUCUUCCAGAAGCGCUCUGUUGAGUAUGAGAGACAUUGGCACUGCGCCCACGAUUUAUCAUAUGGCAAUGCGCCCGAGUCAUUGCACCACCACAAUUUCAAGUUCCUCAGGAAGGUGAUCCAGAUAUUCCCAACGCCGAAGCGUUGCUUACGGGCCUCACUCCUCACGAGCUUGCCGAUGGUGCACGAACAACCGAGUGCCACUUAUGUAACAAACUCGUUCGUUUGCGCGACAUGGCUACUCAUCUUAAAAAUCAUGACCACGAUCGACGCACACGUCCUUCGCCGAGGCCCUGCCGCAAUAUCCUCUGCGGUCGCACGUUGGACGUUUGCUCUCUUGCAGGCGACACGCGUGCAGGUCUCCGUCAGGGCCAGGGUGCAGGCAACGACAUUGGGCUCUGCGCGACGUGUUUCGGACCAUUAUACGUCAGCAUGCAUGAUCCUGAAGGCAAGGCACUACGUCGACGAAUUGAACGAAGAUACCUUGCACAGCUAUUGACAGGAUGCGGCAAAGGAUGGUGCAGAAACGAGCUAUGUCGCACGGGUCGAAAGGCACUAGGCGUGGGCGACGGCGCAGCACUUACCACCAAGGAUGCAUUGCCUUUGAUCAAACCUUUCCUCGCUGGCGCGACAGACGUAACACCGGCCACACCGCUACAUUUUUGCGUAGACGAGGCGAGUCAGAGAAGACGGGAUAUGGCAGCCAUGAUGGCGGGUGAUCC